AGAAGUCUGUUCAGCCAAAGCCAGGGUAUUAGCUUUUGCGCUAGUUUCAGGAAGAACAACUUCUGAUUAGCUAAGGGGGCAUAUAAUAAGUACUUGCAUGGUGGGAGGGAGACGAGACUGAUUGUACAGUUCACAGAACAGGCUCAGUCCAUCUGCUGUCAUUCUGAUCACCUCGGUAAGAUUACCGACGAACUAACGCCGCUGCGAUGAUUUUAGAUUGCUCGCAAAAACACACGGGAUCUAACCGCUUUUGGGGAAAAACUUAGUUUGGGAGAUGAAAACUUGAGUAAGGGCACCUCACUCUCCGCCACUCGUCUAAAAGACUUCGAUUUUUAACCACUGCUGGCGAAUCCCAGCGGCCCUUCUCACAAUUCGUAAGUUCGGGUUAUUAUAAGACAAAGGCGAGGUGUUGCCGUGGGCUCGGACAGGACCGAAUUGGAGAUUACCGGGAAAGAUAUAACGAUAACGAAUUGGAGUUGAUCCCGAAAGAUACUAUUAUAGUAAUUGCCGUCCUUCAGAAUCGGAGAGAAACUGCGGCGUGAUGAAACCAUGGUUGGCUUCUUGCAGCGCGGGAGUGAGUGUUUAGUUUAUGCGUGGCCAUUAGUGGGUAAUACCCGGACACUGGCUUUCAAAGCAAACUCGUCAGGAAGUUUUAGACUCUAUAGAAGUAGUGAUGUCGGUCGCCCUUCCUGCAAGAUGCAACGAGACCAGUUGUGGCGUUUAUAUUCCACUCCACUCCGUCCCCCUGGCUGCCAGCUCUUUCAUUCUGGGCUGUACGUGCGUUAUCGGGGUGCUGGGGAACGGGCUCGCCUGCCACCUCCUUUACACCGACAAGUCUCUGCGCACGCCGACCAACGCCCUUCUGCUCAACUUAGCGGCCAAUGACUUCUUGAAGUGCGUGCUGGACAUCCCCGCGCUCCUCGCCGUCAGUACCUGGGGCAACAGCCGCGCCGACCUGGGCGAGACGCCUUGCCUCCUGCAGCCUUUCACUUACUCGCUGAGCGGCUGCGUGCAGCUGGCCACUCUCGUGGUGAUCAGCGUUGAACGCUACCGGGCCGUCGCCAAUCCAUUGCAGAUCGCCAAGAGGAAGGUUAGGAUCCAGCUAUGGGUCCCAGUCAUUUGGUCCAUGGGCUUUAUUGUAUCAGUUUUCACCAUCACCUUGUUCAAGGAUACCCCUGUGUAUGUGAGAUGUAGGCAUCAACUUAUAGACCCCCAGAAAUACAUGGACCCUUUUGGUAUCUAUAUCCUGGUUCCUGGGUGGACUGUCAGCCUGUCCGUGAUAAUUAGCCACUACCUGAGAAUAUUUGCGCUUGUGAGGCAGCACAAUAAAAGGAUCUUUGACGGGGGGUUGAUGCCCACCUCUCCAAAAGGGCGUGACCAACACCUGCCAGGACUAGAAGGGCAGAGGGUGCAACAAAAGACAGCCACCAAGGUGCCAACAACAGUGGAAGCCCCAUGUUCACAAGCUAAGCUCAGCGCUGGUCUUCAGCUGGCGACGGCGUCCUCUGCCGUUCAGCGCCAAGCUGUUUCGCUGAAUGAUUGUGUAGCCUCACCCCUCAACGCUGAUGCCCCCAACAUAAUGGGAGCGGUGUGCCUCUUCAGCAAAUCCAGGGAGUCCGCCAAGAAAAGGAUGGAAGGCAAACUUGCCAAGCGCUUCGGCUACAUCAUGUUAACCUUUCUGGUGUGCUGGAUGCCUUUAGUUACUGUCGUGCUGCUGAACAUGUUUUGGCGAAAUUCGGUGCCGUUGCUGCUGGAGAUCCAGAUGCCUGCCAUGGCUUUGUCCUGCAUUCCUGCUGCUGUGAACCCCUUCAUUUACACCAAGUUGAAUCAGCAUUUUCACUCUGAAAUCCAGCAAGCAGUCACCAGAUUUAGGAGAAGAUGCAAGUGUCUGGCUGUUAGAACAUAAAAACAUCCCACCCACCCCCUCCCCUCUUUCUCCUUCCUCACCCCUCGCUCUUCUUCCAUUCCCCGUUCUGGCUUCAUUCUUACCUCUUCUCUUCUCCUCACCUGCCAUCAUCUCACUCUGGCGCUGCUCCUCCUAUCAGAUUCCUCCUUCUUCAGCCCUUUACCUUUCCCACCUAUCACCUCCCAGCUUCUCACGUCAUUCGCCACUCCUCCCCCGUCACUUCUAUCAGCUGAAAGCCUGUAUUCCUUCCCCUAUUCCCACCAUCGUAUUCUGGCUUCUUCCUCCUUCUUUUCCAGUCCUAAUGAAGGGGCUCGGCCUGAGACGUCGACUGCUUAUUCCCCUCCAUAGAUGCUGCCUGACCUGCAGAGUUCCUCCAGCAUUUUGUGUGUGUGUGUUGCCCCAGAACUUAGAGCCUGCGCUUUCCCCUUCAUCUUAGUCCCUCUGUAAUUUGCCUGAUCAGGACAAGCCAUUUCUGUAUUCCUUUUAUUAAACUUUUUUUUUAAAAAAGUUUCUGAAAGAGAGCCACACCAAUCUAAGCAAUGUUUGUCUGGCCUCCUCCAUGUUCAACCAGACAUUGGUCAGUCUUUGGGUUGUGGACUCUGAUUUGGUCCAUCGCUGAAUAUCUACAGAGUAAAUUAAAAAAAAAAGUACUUUAAAGUAACUUAAAAGCUCGAAUUUCUAUUUCCUUGAAUGUUUGGGGGAAAAGAAAGGAAAGCAUUGAUGUUUACUAUAAAUCCUAAAUAAUGUUAUUAUUAAGGAAAUGCUUUAAUUUCAAAGACAGCCCUCAAUGUUGUUAACUAGCUUGAAGGAGGUGUCACUGGUGACAUUUUACGUCUGUGUUGAAAUGGACUCAAACUGAAUGUCAAUCUCAACCCUUAGCACUUCUAACAGUGCCACAGCCUCUAAGAUCUGACACCAGGCGUGCUGGUCUGUCUCAGGUCUAGUUCCCUGAGAUGAGAACUUUGCCCUUCAGUACUCUUCAUUGCAUAAAGUCAGAUACUCCUGCCUCAGCAAGGACCUGGACCCAUUGCAAUUUGCCUAUCGCCACAAUAGGUCAACGGCAGAUACAAUCUCAAUGGCUCUCCACAUGGCUCUAGACUACCUAGAUAACACAAACAACUACGUCAGGAUGCUGUUUAUCACCAUUAGCUCAGCAUUUAAUACCAUCAUUCCCACAAUCCUGAUUGAGAAGUUGCAGAACCUGGGCCUCUGUACCUCCCUCUGCAAUUGGAUCCUUGAAUUCCUAACCGGAAGACCACAAUCUGUGCAGAUUGGUGAUAACAUCUCCUCCUCGCUGAUGAUCAACCCUGGUGUACCUCAGGGGUGUGUGAUUAGCCCACUGCUCUACUCUCUAUAUACACAUGACUGUAUGGCUAGGCAUAGCUCAAAUACCAUCUAUAAAUUUGCUGACGAUACAACCAUUGUUGGUAGAAUCUCAGGUGGUGACAAGAGGGCGUACAGGAGUGAGAUAUGUCCACUAGUGGAGUGGUGCCGCAGUAAUAACCUGGCAUUUAAUGUCAGUGAGACAAAAGAGCUGAUUGUGGACUUCAGGAAGGGUAAGACGAAGGAACACAUACCAAUCCUCAUAGAGGGAUCAGAAAUGGGGACAGUGAACAGCUUCAAGUUCCUGGGUGUCAAGAUCUCUGAGAAUCUAACCUGGUCCGAACAUAUUGAUGUAGUUAUAAAGAAGGCAAGACACUGGCUACACUGGCUAGGAGUCUGAAGAGAAUUGGCAUGUCAACAAAUACACUUGUGGAGAACAUUCUGACAAGCUGCAUCUCUGUCUGGUAUGGAGGGGCUACUGCACAGAACUGAAAGAAGCUGCAGAAGGUUGUAAAUUUAGUCAGCUCCAUCUUCAGCACUAGCUUACAAAGUACCCAGGACAGCUUUAGGGAGAGGUGUCUCAGAAAGGCAGCAUCCAUUAUUAAGGACCUCCAGCACCCAGGGCAUGCCCUUUUCUCACUGUUACCAUCAGGUAGGAGGUACAGAAGCCUGAAGGCACACACUCAGCGAUUCAGGAACCGCUUCUUCCCCUCUGCCAUCCGAUUCCUAAAUGGACAUUGAAAAUUUGGACACUACCUCACUUUUUUUUAAUACACAGUAUUUCUGUUUUUGUACAUUAAAAAAAAUCUAUUCAGUAUAUGUAAUUGAUUCACUUGUUUAUUUAUUAUUGUUUUUAUUCUUUCUGCUAGAUUAUGUAUUGCAUUGAACUGCUGCUGCUAAGUUGACAAAUUUCACGUCACAGGCCAGUGAUAAUGAACCUGAUUCUGAUUCUGAUAUCAGCAAAUGUGUCAUGCAGUCUUUAAAGACACAUAAAUAUUAGUAAGAUAAGACAGAUGUUUAAUGCUAUGUCUACGAUGCAUCAAAGUAGUAUUUUGCAGAAUAUCAGGGCACGUUGACAUACUUUACAAUCAGUUACCUUUAGAAGUGUGAUCUCUGUUGUAAGCUAGGAAAUGCCCCAACAAAUCAGCAUACAGAAAAUAUGCAGAAGUAAGGAGGUAAAAGAUCAGUCCAGGCAUAUUAUUUUUCUGACAUUGGAAGAAUCAUACAGCAUAGAACGAGGCUCUUCGGCCCACUGUGUCUGUACUAUCAUGCCUGUCUAUACUAAUGCCUCCUGCCAGCAUUAAUUCCAUAUCCAUCUAUAUCUUCCUCAAGUUGGUACCUGCCCAAACCAAGUGACAAUAAAGCAACAAAGGUUGAUGAAAGACCAUAUAUGGUGACAGUGCUACAGCCAGCCAGAUUGAGGAUGAUUGGACAAUUACCCUGUCAAUCAAGCUUCAUGACACACCACUGUAAGAGCGACUGCCUACUCGUCUCAUUUACCUUGAGAAAUUGCCAUGGGUUUUUUCGAGUAACGCACAUAAAGUGCUGGAGGAACGUGGCAAGUUGGGUGCCUCCAUUCGGUUCUCAGCUUGAAACAUCAACUGUUUAUUCCUUUCCAUAGACGCUGCCUGACCUGCUAAGUUCCUCCAGCGUUUUGUCAGUGUUACUCUGGAUUUGCAGUAUCUGUAGAAUCUCUUGUGUUGAUGGGAUUUUCUAGUUUCACCCUAGAAGUCCACUGGUGUCCAUCAAAACAGUUAAAUACCUGAAAGGGAAAAGGUAUUAAUGGACUGUGUGAAGGUCUGGCUUGGGAAUAGCAGGAUUGUUCUUUGAAAGAAUUGGUGUAUUUGCAGUGGACCAGAUGGCUUUCUUAUCUUCUGUACUAUUUCAUGAUUGUAUGAUUCUAAGCAAAUUUAAGUUGGUGACACAUUUUCCCCCUCCCCCAAUAUAAUUUACGACAGUGGAAAUGAUGUGAUUGUGAGGUGCCAUAAAGAAGGGGCGGUCUGUAUGAACCCUGAGCACUGUCUAGCUAUGUUCAGUGAUAGUUAUAAUAAUUCUUGUCAAAAUGUGUCAGAUUUGCCAUUUUGGAUGGAGAUUAAAAGGGCGCUUUAAAUAUCGGAGUGUUUUGUGACUAAAUUACCUCUUUUCUUCAAGGAAUAUUCAGACUUGUGUUGAAUUAUACAUUAAUACCAACUUGGGAGGAUUGACGUGACUGUCAUCUGCAGAGUCUGCAUAGCAGCAGGGGGCCAUUUGAG